AUGCAGACACGGAGGCUACCGGGAAGGCAGGCACCUUCACCUCCUCUGCCCUCAACUGUCGCCUUCUUCCUCCUCCACCCCCCGCGGGCAACCCGGCGGCGCUGCCCGGGCGGACGGCGGGCCGGGUCGGGGGCGAGUCGGGCGGCGGGGGCCGGGCGGGCGGCGCGGGGGGCAGCGCCGGGCCGGGCCAGGCCGGCGGGCGGCCUCUCCCGGGGCGGCUUCGGGCUCUGGGCUCCCGGCUCCGCGCCGGGCCCGCAGCGGCCCGGCGGCGGCGGGAACGCGGGCGCCAGCUCGCCGCGGCCGGCCGGCAGAGUCGCUGCCGCCCCGGCCGCCGCUGGCUCCAGUCCGCCGCCAUUAUUCUUUGUUCGCUGCGAGCGGCGGCGAUGGUGUGGGGCUCGGGCGGAGGCUCCAUCUUUACCACGGCCCCUCCUGCGAGGCGAAGGCCCCGAGCGCUGGUGUCCGGCGCCUCCCCGUCCCCCCUCCGUCCCCCCGGCUCUCUCCAGCUCCUGCCUCCUCCUCCUGCUCCUCUUACCGGUGGUACAAGCUCCUCCGUCACUGCUUUCGUUCGCGGCCCGGAUCUCGCUGGAGUUUUAUUCUCUCCCCCACGUAACACACCGCGUCAAACUACACCUCCGCCGCGUCACUCACCAACACUCCGCUUCUCCCAGCCGCCCGGGCCACAGGCAGCAGCAGCCGCCGCCGACUGAGGACUCGCAGCCAGGGAGCCAGCCAGCGCCGCCCAGUGCCGAGUGCGCAGCGGCCGCGCACGGAAACAGCCGAGCUCGGCCCGGAGGAGCUCGAGCGGCCCCGCCCUCAGCGCUGGAGGCGGAACUUGUCGAAGACCUUCGAGUUCCUUCGGGCACGGCGGAGGGCUUCCGUGGGGAGAGGAGGAAAGGCGAAGCUUCUUCAGCUAUACAACCAAGAUACCUGAUUGACUUGUGCAAGAUCAGACUGGGAAAAAACAGCAAAGCACAAAGAUCAUAUGGGACAUACAGAAGACACGCACGCUCUGACAUCCAAGCUUCGUUCUUCCCUCUGGCUGGAGCACAUUUACCCCAGAGAGCUGUGUGGGCCACUCCAACUCCUCCAGGUCUUUGCUCACAGGUCACCUUCCUGAAACCUCAACAUGGAAGAGUCUCAAAAUUGAACACACCCAGGGAGUCAGACCCAUGUUCACUGAACUCACGAGGAACACACGUACAACUAAAAGGACUUUGUGUGGACAAAAACAACCAGAACUGUCACAAUGACCACCAGGCUCCUGUGGUUGUAACCAGCACAUUCUUUUCCUGCAGGCAGAACAAGUGGGAAGCCAAAUUAUGA